UCCACAGUGGACUCCUGGACUCCUACAGACUUGACACAGCUUCCUGAAGUCUUGCAACAGCCCUGCUGAUCUGUCAUGGCCCGUGGGCAGUUUGUGAACAAACUGCAAGAGGAAGCGAUCCGUUCCAUCUGCCUGGACAUUCUGGAGAAACCUGUCACCAUCGACUGUGGGCACAAUUUCUGCCUCAAAUGCAUCACUCAGAGUGGGGAAGCAUCAUGCGAAUUUUUCAAAUGUCCCCUCUGCAAAACUUCCGUAAGGAAGAAUACAAUGAUGUCCAACUGAUUGUUGGUGAAUCUGGUGGAGAAAAUCCAAGCUCUAGAUGCCUCUGAGGUGCGGUCCAAAAGGAAAACGCCUGCAUGCCCGAGGCACCAGGAGACGUUCCAUUAUUUCUGUGAGGACUAUGGGAAGUUCCUCUGUUUUGUGUGUCGUGAAUCCAAGGACCACAAAUCCCAUAAUGCCAGCUUGAUCAAUGAAGCUGCCCAGAAUUAUCAGCGGCAGAGCCAAGCGCAGAUCGAAGUUUUACAGCAAAAGGAGACGGUGCAAGUGAAGGCACAAGGCGAACAGAGCAGCCGUGUCUUCAGGGACCAGGUGGAACAUGAGAAGCAAACGAUCCUCAUAGAACCUGAACUCCUGCAUCAGAUCCUAGAGGAGAAGAAUUUCCUGCUGUCAUGGAUUUACUGGCAGGGUCAUGAGGGAGCUGAAGCAGGGAAAUAUGUUGCCUCCACCGAGCCACAGCUGAACAAUCUCAAGGAGCUCAUUGAUUCCUUGAAGAUCAAGAAAAUGCCACUCAGGCAGCUGCUGGAGCUGACUCAGCCACAUCUUCCUAGGAAUGAAGGGUUUCAGUUUCUCAAGCCAACCCCUGUUCCUCCGGAGCUGGAGAGAAAACUCAGUGAAGCAAAAUCAAGACAUGAGUCUGUCACAGAGAGCCUGAAGCAAUGAAAAGACCACCUGCAGGCUGAUAGGAAAAGAGAUAAAAAUAGAUUCUUCAAAAGCAUGAAUGAAAAUGCCAUGAAGAGCUGGGGCUUGUUACAGAAAAAUAAUUCUAAAAUGGAAAAAACCUCCGAGCCUGGGUCAUCUUCUCCAGGUGGCAGAACAGUUACAUCAAGGCCACCAAAUUGCCACUCCUCAGCCCCAUCCCACUCCUGGUCUUGGGCCUCCUCUGCUGGGAAAGUUGCUCUUCCAGAAUGUCUCCUGGCCUCUUAUGCUGAGGUAUCUGGUUGCAGAGCCAGCUCUCAGAGCAUGAAGAGAUUUGACGCUGCGGCAUCCAAGGAGCUCCCCGUGGCACUGAGUGGCUGA